AUGACUAAUUUUGAUGUUAUUCAAGAGGAAUUAAAAGUUCUUGCUUUUUGGAAGGAGAUUGAUGCUUUUAAAACAUCAUUACAGCUCUCAAAAGGUCGCAAACAGUUCAGUUUUUAUGAUGGGCCACCAUUUGCCACAGGUCUUCCACAUUAUGGGCAUGUUCUUGCUUCUACUAUUAAGGAUAUUGUAACCCGCUACGCACAUAAUACAGGACAUUAUGUUGAUAGAAGAUUUGGUUGGGAUUGUCAUGGUUUACCUGUUGAACAUGAAAUAGAUAAAAAACUUGGAAUUAAUGGAAAAAAUGACGUAAUGGCAAUAGGGAUUGAAAAAUAUAACAGUGAAUGCCGUGCAAUUGUUAUGAGGUAUUCUGAAGAAUGGAGAGAAAAGAUUGAAAGAUUAGGUAGAUGGAUUGAAUUUGAUAAUGAUUACAAGACUCUUGAUACUCUAUUUAUGCAAUCAGUAUGGUAUAUUUUUAAGAAGUUGUAUGAAAAAGAUAGAGUAUAUAGAGGCUUUAAAGUCAUGCCAUAUUCUACAGCAUGCACAACACCUCUUAGUAACUUUGAAGCUCAACAGAACUAUAAAGAAGUUUCUGAUCCGUCUAUUGUUGUAUCAUUUCCUUUAUUGGAAGAUCCAUCUACAUCUUUACUUGCAUGGACGACAACACCUUGGACAUUGCCAUCUCAUCUUAAUUUAUGUGUGAAUCCUGAUUUUGAAUACAUCAAAAUAUAUGAUGAAGCUUCUGGAGAGAAUUUUAUUUUAUUAGAAAAAUGUUUGGGUAUUCUUUAUAAAGAUCCUAAAAAUGCUAAAUUUAGAAAACUGCAAACUAUUAAAGGUGUUGAUAUGAAAGGUUGGAAAUAUGAGCCUCCUUUUUAUUAUUUUUAUGAGCGUUUUAAAGAAAGGGCAUUUAAAAUUCUUUUAGCUCAUUAUGUUACUUCUGAUAAUGGUACUGGAAUUGUUCAUCAAGCUCCGGCAUUUGGUGAGGACGAUUAUAAUGUGGCUUUUGAGAAUGGAAUUAUUGAUGAGGAUUUUCAUCCUCCUUGUCCAUUGGAUGAAAGAGGGAAUUUCACAGUUGAAGUUUCUGAUUUUGCUGGGAUGUAUGUUAAAGAUGCUGAUAAAGCUAUACAGAAAGUUCUUAAACAAAAAAAAAGAUUAGUUGUGCAAACUCAAAUAGUACAUAGUUAUCCAUUUUGCUGGAGAUCUGAUACACCUCUUUUAUAUAGAGUAGUUCCAUCAUGGUUUCUAAAAGUUAAAGAAUAUACAAAAGAUAUGUUAGAAGCUCUUGAAUCAACUAGAUGGGUACCCUCGUUUGUUAAAGAUAAACGUUUUAUAAAUUGGAUUACAAGUUGUAGAGACUGGAAUAUUUCUCGAAAUCGUUAUUGGGGAACUCCUAUACCUUUAUGGGUUUCUGAUGAUUUUGAAGAAAUUGUAUGUAUAGGUUCAAUUUCUGAGCUUGAAGAACUCUCUGGAGAACGAAAUUUGACAGAUAUUCAUCGAGAUAAGAUAGAUCACAUUACAAUUCCUUCUAGAAAGGGAAAGGGUGUUCUUAAAAGAAUAGAAGAAGUGUUUGAUUGUUGGUUUGAAUCUGGAAGUAUGCCUUAUGCAUCUGUGUAUUACCCGUUUCAAAAUUCUGAGAAUUUUAUGGAGAGUUUUCCUGCUGAUUUUAUUGCAGAAGGUCUUGAUCAAACUCGUGGUUGGUUUUAUACCCUUCUCGUUCUCGGCGUUCAAUUAUUUGGAAUUGCUCCUUUCAAAAAUGUUAUUGUUAAUGGAUUAGUCCUUGCUUCUGAUGGGAAAAAAAUGUCAAAACGCCUUAAGAAUUAUCCUGAAUUAUCUAUUGUUUUGGACAAGUAUGGCGCAGAUGCAUUACGAUUGUAUCUUAUUAACUCCCCUGUUGUACGUGCUGAAUCUUUGAAAUUUAAGGAAGAUGGUGUUAAAGAAGUUGUCGCGAAAGUUAUUAUUCCAUGGUGGAAUAGUUAUAAUUUUUUUGAAAUGCAGGUGAAACUACUGAAGAAAACUCAUGAUCUUAACUUUAUGUAUAAUCCUGUUAACGAAGCAAGUAAUAAUGUGAUGGACAUGUGGAUAUUGUCGAGUUGUCAAAGUCUUAUAAGUUUCAUUAAGAAAGAAAUGUCAGAGUAUCGUUUGUAUACAGUUGUACCAGUACUUCUUAAACUUAUUGAGGAUAUGACAAAUUGGUAUAUUAGAUUUAAUAGGCGAAGGUUAAAAGGAGAGUAUGGAAAAGAUGAUACAUUGACUGCAUUAAAUGUACUUUUUGAUGUUUUAUAUACUUUAUGCAGAACAAUGGCGCCUUUUACACCAUUUCUGACAGAAGCUAUUUAUCAAAAUCUUAAGAAAUAUAUUCCAAAGACUACAGAGGAAGAUGUUAGAUCAAUACAUUUUAUUAGUUUUCCAGAUGUUAUAGAAGAGCGUUUUCAGCUUGAUGUUGAAAGAAAAUUUAAUAGAAUGCAAAAAGUAGUUGAUUUAGCACGUAAUCUUAGAGAAAAAAAAUCAAUCGGAUUGAAGGUACCUUUAAAACAGCUUGUUGUAAUACAUCAUGAUGAACAAUAUUUGAAUGAUAUUAAAUCUGUUGAGCAAUAUAUUAAAGAAGAGUUAAAUAUUAGAGAUCUUUUCCUUUCUUCAAACGAAGAAGAAUAUGGUGUUCGAUAUAGUCUUGUAGCAGAUUGGCCUGUGCUUGGUAAAAAGCUUCGAAAAGAUAUUGUUAAAGUAAAGAACUUUUUAUCAAAUGUAACUUUUGAACAAGUCAAAAAAUUUAUGCAGAAUAAAGAAAUUAUUGUUGAUGAUAUUAAAUUAGUUGAAAGCGAUCUUCAGGUUAUACGUGUUCUUGAUUUUGAAAAUGCAAUGUAUUAUCAAACCAAUACUGAUCAAGAUGUUUUUAUCAUUUUAGAUACUAGAAUUUAUCCUGAAUUAAAAACUGAAUAUCUUGUAAGAGAGGUAAUUAAUCGUGUUCAACGUCUUCGCAAGAAAGUUGGUUUACAGGUUAUUGAUGAUAUUCGAAUGGAAUAUGUUAUGAUCGAUGAUUCUAUAGGUUUGGAGGAUGCUAUUUUUCAACAUCAGAUGCUUUUAACCAAAAUUCUUCGUAGGCCUUUAGAAAAAAAUCAAUCAAUAUUACAUGAAAUAGAUCCUAAACAGAUCGUAAGGGAAAAACAGGACGUUCAGGGUGCAACUUUUAUGUUAUCUUUAUUACGAUUAUAA